UCCCGUAAACAAACAAAGUUAUGCUGCCUUCAAUAUAAGGAUGGAAAAGGCCACUCUAUUGUCUUUUGUUACUCUGAGACAACCAAAUAAAUGACUUAGAAGUAUCACCUAACCUAUAGAAUAACAUAUGUCGAUUCAUAAAACGUAUUUGAAAUGAGUAAUGUAGAAGAACUGAAAGUCUUGAUAAAAGAAUUAGAACACAAACUUACUGUGGCUACUCAGAAAAAUGUAAGGGAAAAGAUUGAACUGAUGAGUUCUGAAGUAGUUGACUCCAACCCCUACAGUCGAUUAAUGGCAUUACAAAGUAUGGGCAUUGUUGAGAAUUAUGAAAGAAUAAGAAAUUUUACUGUAGCCAUAGUAGGUGUAGGUGGAGUUGGAAGUGUUACUGCAGAAAUGUUAACCCGGUGUGGUAUUGGAAGAUUAAUAUUGUUUGACUAUGACAAAGUUGAGCUGGCAAAUAUGAAUAGACUGUUCUUUCAACCUCAUCAAUCAGGACUGAGCAAGGUGGAAGCAGCUGCUGAAACUUUAAGGAACAUCAACCCAGAUGUUGACAUUCAAAUGUAUAAUUACAACAUUACCACUGUGGAAAAUUUUGAAAAUUUCUCCAAAAUUCUGAUGUAAGUUGAUAGGUAUUGACAUCGAUAAGAUGAUCAAAUAAUAA